CAUAUAAGCUAAUUUUUAUUUGAAUUUUUAUUUUCAUUUUUAUUUGGGCGUUAAUACAAAAUAUUGGCAAUCAAUGCCGCAAUGGCAAAACAAAAAGUAACUGUUUUACAUUUGGCGGCAUUCCGGUUCAGGUUUGGACUAAUCCACACGCACCGUGGAGGUGGGGCUCGAACUGUGGUCUCGAAAAUUUGCUAUAAAAGUUGCGUUCGCGACAUUUGGCGACAUAGUUCAGCGCAGGAGCCUCAAGUGAAGUGAUCCAACAAACAGCCCAAUAUCAAAACUUAAUAACUCAAAACUAGACGCAAAAUGUUCUCACUAAUGUCUGUGUUCGUUCUGGGCGUGGCUGCUGCCGCUGCCAUUGAGCUGAGUCCAAUUUACCAUUCGCCAGCGACGCACCUUGUGAAGCCGCUGCUGAAGACCGUCGAGGUGGAGGCGCCGGCCCAUUACGAUUUCAGCUACUCGGUGCACGAUGAGCACACCGGCGACAUCAAGAGCCAGACGGAGUCCCGCAAGGGCGAUCAGGUCCAGGGACAGUACACACUGAUCGAUGCCGAUGGUUAUCAUCGCAUCGUGGAUUACACAUCAGAUGCCCACAACGGUUUCAAUGCCGUCGUCCGCCGUGAACCCCUGGGCCACAAGAUCGUUAAGGCUGCGCCCCUUGCCAAGAUUGUGUCUCCAUUGCCGCUGGCCUAUGCGCAGCCCAAGCUCCUGGCUGCCCCUAAGCUGUCUUUGGGCCUGUACCAAUAGGAUCAUGGAUUACAGAACUGAAACCCAGAGAGAGGGAGAGAGAGAGAAUCCAAACACUGAUUUCAUUGCAUUGACGACCCAUCUCAAACUGAACACUCAACUCAACUCAAAGCAACUUUAACUGUAACAUUUUCUAGCCAGAUCUUCAAACACUUUCCUGUCCUCACCUCUACUUUCACACAUCUACGCGCAUCAGUCCCUCUGCUAGGACUCUUUAAACACGAUUUAUAUACGCACACGUUUCGUUAUAAAUCCGUGUUUCCUAUGUAUUAUAUAUUACAAAUAUGUGAAAACAAACGCAAUAAAUGCAUUUUUAUAAAUCAA